AUGCCUCCAAAGGCAAAAACAAUCGGCCAGAAGUCUGGCAAAAAUGCAAAACAGAAAUCAGGAGGUAUGCUAAAAUCGGAAGAUAAGCUUGAAAGGUCUGUAGCUCCAAGUUCUACUCUUGAUCCUGCAAAACAGUCGGUCAAUAAGGAACUUUUGCAGCGGGAGAAAAAAGAACUGAUUUCUUCUUUCCAAGAGCAGUUGGAUCUUAAACAAUCAGAAAACGAGAAAGAAAUACGGAAAACUCUUGGACAAAUUAAAUAUCUCAGAAGAGAAAAUGAAAGAAUGCAACGAAAACAAAUGGCAGAAUAUGGAAUGACGCUUGAUAUGAUGGAAGAGCUUAAAGAAACACUUGAAGCAACAAAGGUUAACAAUGAUAAACGACAUGAAGACAUGGUUGAAGCCAAAAUUCUCCAUGAUAAACUUGAGAUAGAACUUGAAGAGACAAAGCAAAAGUUUUCAGACGCAGUGCAGAAAUUAAAUGAUUUGCAGAAAGAAACAAAAGUUUGGGAAACAACUAAAGAAGAUUUUUUGAAAGCAGAAGCAAGAUGUAGUGAACUACGAAAAAACAACAAGAAACUAAGAAUAAUUUUGCUUAAGCACCAUAUUGACCCAUGCACGGAUCCAAGGGAAUUAAGUCGGGACAACCAAUCAGACAAGCAAUCCUAUAAGACAACACGAUCAUAUCCAGACACUCCUAAACGCAAACUGACAGUAAGGAGCAGAUAUCAGAGCGUUGGAGAUGUGGACAUGAUGAAACAAAUGAACGAGUUAGAUUUGAAGAGAGGAAUGGGAGUUAUGGCAGGUACAUUUGAUCAGGUUAGCCCGGCCUAUCUCGGCUUCUAUAUGAAGAAACGGGAGGCAAGAAGAGCAGAUUAUAUCAGACCAGGUGUGAGCUUACCGAGAAUUAUUUACGGCAAGUGA